AUGCGCCACGACGCGAAAACAUAUCAUAGCGUGGCUGCCAGACCAGAAACGCCGCCCACAGCGCCAUCUUCCCCUUCGAGUUCAUCGUCGCUCUCUACCCCGUCGCUACUGGAUCUAGGAUUCAUGCGGGAAGACACAGAUCUCUCAAGGAGCCAACAACCCCGCACGCCAGACCGACGAAGCGUCGACACGGCCGCCGCUCUCCGCUCCUACGGCCACGAGCGUGGCCCCCACAAACACAGCGGCCUUGGGGGCAAUCAACAGGCAGAUAUUCCCUUCAUCGCCGAGUUACCUGCAAUGCCGCCGCUUCAACAAACGUCAGCACCACCUCCCACCCCACCGCCAACAACCCCACCCCGGAAAGGACCAGCCGUUCCGAUGAGAAAAGAGGUCGGAGGCGCAAAACCAAUCACUUAUCUAAACCCGGUCGGCGAGCCGUGGGUCAAU